CUUGAAUUGAGCCUGGACACGACCAGCGCAAGUGAGCUAUAACAGCGCAUGCGCAUACUCGAGAAAAGAAGCAUGAUCGCCUGCCUGUUAUUUUACGCUCUCUACCCCCUAUCGCGUUACAUGCUUAGACGAACCACGGUUGUCAAUGGCACGAUGGCAUGUGAUGGUGCUGCUGUUACGAGCAGGGUCUCCGUCAAGUUGGAACAAAUCCUGCCAGACGAGCAGCUCGGCCAAAGCAGUUGGUCGACAAAACACAAGGAGGAAAAGAGGAGUGAACAAUACUCAGUUGAGGAAGACGGGAAGACACGCGAUGCAGAGCAGCUGAUAUGUGUCAGUCAAAAGGACACAAAGAUGGAGGCAGCUUCAAAGACAAGUGAGGCCCAAUAUUCAGCAAAGUCCAGCGACUCAAAGGGAGAAACAGAUAAACAGAAGACACCCAACCAAGAAGUUGGGCAAAUGCACUGUGAGCUUAAGCAACCAAACACUGAAGAAACUGCAGCUGAGGGCAGUGGCACAAUGGCGUGGUAUGGUGCAGCUGUCACAAGUACGAUGCCAAUCAAGUCUCAAGAAAUCUUGCCGGACCAGCGGCUCGACCAAAGCAGUUGGUCUACAGGACAAAAGGAGGAAAAGAUGAGCAAGCAAUACUUCAUUGAGGAAAACAAUAAGACACCAGAUGCAAAACAGCUGAUAUGUGUCCGUCAGAAGGACACAAAAAUUGAGGCAGCUUUAAAAACGGGUGAGGCACAAUAUUCAGCAAAGGGUGAAAAAGAUAAACAGGAGAUGCCCAAAGAAGAAGUAGGGAAAAUGCCCCGUCCACUUAAGCAACCAGUAAAAACUGCAGCUGAGGGCAGUGAGCAGCAUGCCACCUGUCUUAUGGAGACUCUAGCGAAGAUGAAACUUUUAGAAGACUCUGGAAAUGUAGCUGAGUGCAGCAGACAAGAAGCAGAGUGCUGGGAUGAAUAUACUGAUGUAAUGCUGACUGCUCUAACAAAUUCAAAUCGGAAGCAGACAUCACUGCUGUCCAGUGCUAAAAAUCACUUUGCUACCCAAAGUGGAUGGCACUUCCCUGUGGGACCUGGCUUAGUGGAUGAAAUCCAUUGCCCACUCUGGCAUUUUCCUGCUAUGAGCUAUUAUCCUUCAGUGGAACGGACGAGGCCCUUUGAAGUAAUGUGGAGAUUAUGGCAAGAAAGUUUAACAGAGCACUCCGACACAGAUGUCGCUUUCACAAAGCCCUCCAUGGACUUUACAGUCAUGUCCUUCAACAUCUUGGCCCAAGACCUGUUGGAGGCCAACAUGGAGCUGUACACACACUGCCCCCAAGAGGUACUGGAUUGGAGCAACCGCUGCAGCCUGCUUUUGGAGGAAAUACACAGAUGGGCGCCAGAUAUUCUUUGUCUCCAAGAGGUCCAGGAGAACCACUAUCAAACACAACUGUAUCCAGUACUGACUCAGAUGGGCUACAACUGUGUCUACAAGCGGCGCACAGGCAACAAGACAGACGGCUGUGCUACUUGCUAUCGCAGCAGUCGCUUUUCUGAGGUGUCAGUCACACCGAUAGAGUACUUCAGGCCCCAAACUGAGCUUCUGGACCGACACAACGUGGGCAUACUUUUGGUGCUUCAGCCGGUUGUCUACAGGGAGUCCAAGAUCUGGGCGAAGGGCUCGCUACUCUGUGUGGCCAACACACACCUGCUCUUCAAUCCCAGCAGGGGGGAUGUCAAACUGGCUCAGCUGGCCAUAUUGCUGGCAGAGAUCGACAACGUGGUCAAGUUGUGGAGGGCUAAAGGUGAACACUGUAAUGUUAUCAUGUGCGGAGACUUCAAUUCUGUGCCACACAUGCCUCUUUAUCAGCUCAUCACAACUGGGGAGCUCCACUUCCAGGGUCUACCGGCAUGGAUGGUGUCAGGUCAGAAGGAUCUUUCACACAAAGCCACUUGCCACAGACUGUUUGCUCCUCUAUGGCCCAGCUGUCUGGGAAUUUCCGACAGCUGCCAGUAUGUCACUGCCGCUGAGGUGGAUGCAAGCCACAGUCCAGUCACAGAUUUGCUGAGCAGAAAUAAGCAGAAUAUUAGGUUUCAACACAUUAUAAGACAUCAGUUAGACCUGGAGUCCACGUAUAAGCAUACAAUCCCUGACUCUGGUGACUCGGACGUCACAACCCUACACUCUGAAGGUGCUGCCACUGUCGACUAUAUCUUCUAUUCCCCUGAACGCAUCUCAUAUCAAGCAGCAGGCCAGUUUGGCUGUGAAGGUCUGAAGUUGGUUGGUUGUCUCUCACUGCUAUCUGAGGAUACCUUAUGGUCCAUAGAGGGCCUUCCCAGCCACAUAUUCCCAUCUGAUCAUCUCAGUCUUGUGGCUAAAUUCCGGUUGGACCUGAAAGCAGCAGCGUGUUAAAGACAUGUCCAAGGGAGGCACACCAGAAGGAGCAGCACAAUGAAUUGGAUUGCAGCAUGCAAUCAUGAUGCACAAACUGUUUAAUUCUUUAUAAAAACAUAAAAAUAAAAUAAAUUAGUCAAGUUUUUUUUGGGAGGAGGGGCUUGACAUUUCCAUUAACGGGGAAAGAUGAUUUGAGAUAUAGUUUUUUUUAGUUACAAACUUGGUCACAGAAUUAAUUAAACUUGUAUCUCAAAGUGUCAUAGUAUACUGUAGUUCCUCAAAUAGUGUCGUCCAUUUAAAAGAUGAUGAAUGCCUCCCUCCAAUAGACACCACCUUUGUCCGCUAAAUCGAAAAAAAACAAAAAACGGGUAGUAACAGCACAAGGUAGGUUUCCUCUAUUUAAGCCUGUCCUGACAAGCCACAUUUUGAUAUAACGUAUGGCGUGAAGAAGAACUAGUUGCCACAGCGGUGUAAUAAUAUGGUCAUUACACGCCACACUGGGUUACUGCUUUACUUACUGUUUUACAUUUGAUUGUUUUAUAUUCAUGGCCUAGAAUUGCUUUUCAUACAAAUAUUUACGCUAUGACUUUCAACUGCUUAACUUAGGUCAGAUAGGCUACAGUGUGCUCCAGUCGAAGGAACAGAAUUGUCAAAUACAGAGGACCCCCUGUAAUUCAGUUCAGACUCUGUUGUUCACACGCGGACAUUAAAAAGUCAAUUUGAACUCUUGCUGACCAAAACAGCAGCAGCGAAGGAUUGAAAAAAAACCCUCAGAUUAAUUAACGUGGAGUUUUGCCACGUGGUAAACAAGUUCCCUGCGUAGUAUUACAGAUGAUAUUCGGUUAUGUGGAGCUAUACAGUGGUAAUUCGACUUACGAUUCCUGUGACUUAUUUGUCUUAUAUUAUGAGCAAAAAUUUGAGUUAUGAGCGCUAGAUGGUGGCAGCUAAUUUAGCAAGUAGCAGAUAUUUGAACAGCAAACAUAUGUAAACAGACAAUAUAACAGUCCUCACAAGCAUAUAUUCUUUAUCCUCCGUGAAAAAUUACUACUACUGUAGCUUACUAAGUCACUUAAAAAUUUUAAUAUGGAAAAGUUUAUGUAUUUCCAUAAUUCCAUUAAAAAAGUUAAACUUUCAUAAAUUAUAGAUUCAGGACUCACAAUUUAAACAACUUAUUUUUCCAGCUCAUAAAACCCAUGAAAUUAGGAAUUAAAAAAAUUUGAAUACUGUGAAGAAAUCAUUUACUUCUCAGUUUUUGGAGGGGAAAAAAAGAGAGAAAUUAGGGUUACAUUAAAUCAAUCAAUAUAUGGUACUUCGAAACGAUAUGUUAAUCUUCAAUACUUGGUUGGGAAUCCCUUUGCUUUAAUCACUGCCUCGAUGCGCCGUGGCAUUGAGGCAAUCAGCCUGUGGCAUUGCCUGGGAGUUAUAGAAGCCCAGAUUUCCUUGAUGCUUGCUGUCAGUUCAGUUGGCAUCAAACUGGGUUUUGGUGCUUCUGGCGGUAUGGGCAGGGGCCAGGUCCUGCUGGAUGAUGAAAUCUGCAUCUCCAUACAAAUCCUCAGCAGAAGGAAUCAUGGAGUCCGCUAAAACAUAGACUGUUGCGGUGACCUUGGAUUUAAGAAAGCAGAGUUUACCAACACCUGCACUGGACAUUGCACCCCAAAUCAUGACUGACUGGAUAUUUGACACUGGACCUCAAGCAGCUUGUAAAAUUCUAUUCUUCACCCAUCUUCCUCCAAACCCUUGGACCUUGAUUCCCGAAUGAAAGGCACACUUUCAUCUGAAUAGAGGACCUCGGACCACUGGCCAACAGUCCAGUCCUUCUUCUCCUUGGCACAGUUGAGAGGCUUCCUACAUUGGCUCAGGCUCAGAAGUGGCUUGACCCGAAGAACCCGACAGUUGUAGCCCAUCUCCCGGAUGCGUCUGAAUGUGGUGGUUUUUGAAGCUGUGACUCCCGCCUCAUUCCACUCUUUCUGGAUCUCUGCUAGAUUCUUGAAUCUUCUCUGUUUGAUAAUCCAUGGUCAUCUCUUUUGCUGGUGCAUCUUCUACUGCCACAUUUUGUACUUCCACUAGACUUUCCAUUGAUAUGCUUGGACACAGCACUGUAUGAACAGCCAGCCUCCUUAGCGAUGAAGUUUUAUGGCUUACCCAUCCUAUGGAGGGUAUCAAUGAUGGUCUUCUGGUCAGUUAUCAAGUCUGCAGUCUUCCCCAUAUUGAACCCAACUGAGACAAUUGAACGAAACUGAAGCAAUUGAAUGACACCUGGGGAAACCUGUGCAGGUGCUUUGAGUUUAGUAGAUGUGUGUGUGACACUCAGUUUAAAACAUUUAUGGCCUGCAAAAUUUGGGCUGAUUUCGUCACAGUAUUCUAAUUUUUUUUAAUUACUGAUUUCGUGGGUUUUAUUCGCUGGAAGCCCAAUUUAUGUAGAAAUAAACAAAUAAAUACUUGAAAUUGUUUAAAUUGUGGGCCCUGAAUCUAUAAUUUAUGAAAGUUUUAACUUUUUGACUGGAAUUAUGGAAAUAAAUUAACUUUUCCAUGAUAUUCAAAUUUUUUUGGAAAGGGUCUGUAGUUGUGAAACUCUUCUUCAUCAUGUCUGUAGUACACUACCCUCUGAUGACCAAGGUGGGCCCACCAAAAGGAGCAGCAUACUGUCAAUGGUGUUGAACUCAAACAUUAAAUCAUGAUGCAGAAACUGUUUAAUACUUUACAUUGCAUUUAUGUUAUUACUCUGUUGUUGUUUUUUUUAUAAAGUGCAAUACUGUAGAGUGCAAUUUUUCUUAUUAAAAACGUUACAUUCUU